AUGAAUAGAGAGAUCUCUACAGAAAUGUCAUUAAGAGACUCUUCCAACGAAAGCCAGGUGAUUGAGUGCUUUCAAACAAAGUUCAGCACCUGGACACCAAUUACUAACAAAUCAUUAAAUAAACAGCUCUUUCAGGAACGAGUUAGUCUUAUAACUCAUUGGUUUAAUCUAUGGACUGACAAGCAACGUAAAGAAUUUCUACUUACAAUAUUGCAAAGUUGCAGUCACUCACAACUGAAGUUUGUCAAAGGCUGCUUUUCUGAGAAGAUUUCUGAGAAGAUUCCAGUGGCCAAAGUGGAUUUCUGCACAGUGUUACCACGUUUCAUUUCUCUGUACAUCUUCUCCUUUCUGAAUCCCAUGGAUUUGUGUGCAGCAGCACAAGUUAACUGGCCUUGGAAGUUUUUAACUGAACAGGAUUGCUUGUGGAGGCCAAAGUGCAUCAGGUUUGGAUGGUUUCUGCCUUAUGAUCCCUCAGAUAAUGAAUAUGGUGCUUGGAAGCGUCAUUACAUUGCCUGUGUUGCCACCUUGGAUUGGCUAACUCCAAGGGAAGCCUCUGCCAUCUAUGGGACCCUCAAUGAACCAAAAUCAGAAAAUGAGGAGCAAGAAGAAAGGCAAAGAGAAAGAUGCCUAAGAAAAAUUAUUUGGGGAAGACUUGCACUCCAUAAGAGAGAGUUAUUCAAAAUUCGACCCCCUUGGAUGAGUGGAACAUGUUGUUCUACAGUGUUAAAAUCCAGAUAUCAGCCACAACUCUCAGAAACAGUAAAGGAUCGCAUAGAAUUGAGUGUAGCUUUGGAGAAACAGCGUGUUUUAGCAUCUUUAGAAGCCUUACCCAAAAAAAAGAAUGUGUCUGGAAGUCAUUCUUAUCCUGUGUUAUCAAACAAACAUUACCACAGAGCUGAUCAGAAGUAUGGCAGUUUUCCACAUUCAGUCCAGACUUCUCUGGUAUUGAUAUCAUCUCGGAUCCCUGCAUAUGAGAUGGUUGUGGACAGUGUGAAAACUGGUGUCAUUCCUCUGGUAUAUGAAUAUACUGGUUUGACUUUGGAAAGUCUACUGCUGCUUGUAGAAAAAGUUCUUGAUGGCCGGAAAGUACAAAGUAUUGGGAUAUUUAGUGAUGGAGAUUCCAGAGAAAUCAAUUUACUACAAGGCUAUACAAUUGGUAUUGAAAAUGUGUUAACUCCUGAGGUACGAGACUUUUGGGAGAAACUUGGAAGCUGUGUAGCUACUGAAGAAGAAGGAGGUCACAUCGAUAUCUUUAUUCCUCUGGCAGCAUCAGGGCAGUUUAUGUUUGAUUCUCUGAGCCUUGCUGAUGUUCUGGCUAACCAAGAAACUGCUCAGGUCUUAGCUGAUGGAUUGAUUGAACUAUCAAAGGAGAAAUCAGAAAAUCCACUAGAAUAUCUAUCAUAUUUUCUGCUGAAGAAAUCUAGCAACAAGAACAAAGAAUUUGAUGGAAAUUUUCUCUCAACAAAAUGUGAUGCCACAACUCUCCAUUUCUUAACAAAGGAAAGAAAUAUGAAACAAGAUCAUUCUCAGAAUAGAAAGACUAGUAUCACUGAAGAUGAUUUAAAACUUGAGGUGCUGGUUAAAUUGGAAAGAAAGCUACAGAUGGAUUUGGCAGAAAAAAGGAGUAAAAUUGCUGGAGAGCUAUUGAAAAGUGAGAGAAAGUAUAUACAGAUGUUGGAAAUAGUGAGACAUGUUUAUGUCAUUCCAAUGAAAGCAGCACUGGCAUCAAACAGAGCCAUCCUAAGUUCCAUGGACAUCCAGAUCAUCUUUUCUGAUAUACUGUGUAUCUUAGAUCUCAACAGGCAUUUUCUGAGUGAACUAACUGAGAGACUCCAAGAAUGGGGACCAGCACAAUGUCUGGGAGAAAUAUUCACCAAGUUUGGACUUCAGUUGAAAACAUACACCAAUUUCUUCAACAAUUACCCUGUUGUUCUGAAAACAAUUGAGAAGUGUAGAGAAAGGAUUCCAUCAUUCCGGGCAUUUUUGAAGACAAAGGACAAGACUAUUGUUACAAGAAUGAUGAGCCUGCAGGAGUUGCUCUUGUACCCAUCGAGAAGAUUUGAGGAAUACCUUAACCUUCUCUAUGGCCUGAGGCUUCAUACACCUUCAGAACAUGGCGACCGUGAAGAUCUGACUACUGCAAUCAAACAAAUAAAAAGAUACAUAGGUUAUAUAAAUCAGUUGAAGCAAAAUGUCAACAGGAAAGAUCAGUUGUCGGACAUAGAAAGGAGUGUCUGUGGAUGUCCCACUCUAUCAGAAGGCAACAGAUUCCUAAUUAAGGUACAAGACGUGGCCCAGCUUCUCUGUUGCAAUGAGGAAGACAGCUUCUCAUUAAGGCUCUAUGAACAUGUCCACGAUCUCAGCCUUUUCCUCUUUAGUGAUGCACUUCUUGUUUCUCGUCGGACUGUCACUCAUACUCCGUUUGAGAGGACUACUGGGACAACUUAUCGGUUUCUAGCAUUGGUAGCCCUUCACAGACUGCUAAUAGAAGACAUCCCAGACUCCAAAUAUAUCAAGAAUGCAUUCGUUCUACAAGGACAAAAAUGUCGAUGGAUUUGUUCAACAGAGAAUGAGGAUAAAUGUGUAUGGCUGUCAGUGUUACAGAGUGCAAUCAGAAGCAGUAUAGAGAAGUAUGACUGA